AGUAACCAAAUUAGCUCGAUCGCGAUCGCAUGUGGUCUUUUCGUCGUUGAUCUUUCUCAAGAAGGAAACAUUUUUUCGCGAUCGCAACAUGUCCUCCACCAGGAAUUGGUGAUCACUUCUCUCUAAGGAUUGAAUCAUGGAUUAUUCAGUUAGUGAAACAUCAAAAAAGAGUGACAAUAUGAUCAUACAAAGUGAACCAUCCCCUACAAAUUCCACCAAGAACAUCCUCAAUUUUAGUGUUGAUCGAUUACUUGCAUGUGAUCGUGAUUGUGGUGCGAAACAAAAUAAUUAUGCAAAUUGCACAUCAAUGUGCGGCAAUAAUUCCAAUGGAAAGUGCCAUCCGGAAGAAAUACAAAAUCUCGAUGAGAUUGGAAAUAAAAUUAUACGGCCAAUGCCAAUAAGAAUUUCAGGAGCACCUCGUGAUCAUCGAGGGCUUUCAUGUGGAGAUGCAUCCCCAGUGAUCCCAUCAAUAAUGCGAUUUACACACCUCUUCACACCCACGUACACACACUCACGAUCAUUCUACGGAAUGCCACCACCCCCUCAAAAUCCAUCCCUGAGACCUACAAUCACCACCAUGGAGACACCAGAUCCCACAUCAACGGUCAAUCAAUCAACCAAUUCAUCUUCAACGAAGAGAAAGAGAUCGUGGUCAAGGGCUGUCUUCAGCAAUCUCCAACGAAAAGGAUUGGAAAUUGCAUUUGGUGGGCAGAAGUACAUCACAAAGCCAGACCGACGGAAAUUGGCAGCUCGGCUGGGACUCACGGAUGCUCAAGUGAAAGUAUGGUUCCAAAAUAGACGAAUGAAGUGGAGACACACGGGCGAGGAGAAAAAUUGCCCCAACAAAAGGAGCACCUUUGAUAAAGAUGAAGCUUUUGUGGGAGCUGAAGAUGAUGAAAUUGAUGUGGUAUCAGACUAAAUAAAUUGUGUAUUCAACAUCAAAUUUUUUUUUCAGUGUUAAAAGUAUUUUUUUUGAUAGUCUUUCAG